UCGACACAGACGGGUAAAGUGAAACGUGUCGAGCGAAGAGUAGUUUGAAAAGAGCUUUGCAACGCCUUGUACUUUGUGUAUUUUCGCAAGCGGAAGCCUAUUAAUAAUUAAGAUUGUUAUCUGCCAUUUGCCGGAACGUAAUUCGUGAAAAAUGAGAAGGCGUUCAGCUGUCGCGAACGCAGUUUCACAAAGUGCAGGUUAGAAUUGUUUAGCUUCUCGCGAAGAUAUAUAUAUAUAUCCGAGGAUAUGGAUAUCGAUAACCAGAGCGAGGACGGAGAAAUCAAAAAGAGUCCAUUGAAGGAUAUGGGCGAUUACAGUUUUUCUGAAGAGGAAGGCGGUGAUACUGCUGAUUCGUUGGAUAUUAAACCACCGCAAGCAGUUGUUCGCCAUCAUAAAUCAAGUUCGUCUCGUAGAAGAGAGAAACAUAGUGAUAGAAGAAGUCGCAGAGAUGAGAAGGAACGUAAAUCACGCCAGCAUGAACGCGAGGACAGACACAGGGAUAAACACAGACAUCGCAGACAUGUCGGAGAGCCAAUGGAAAGAACGGAGCGCUUGGAGACUACCAAAAGAAAUCGCGAAAGAAUAGAUCGUUUAGAUAGGAUGGAAACUCACUCUAGGGAUAGAGAAUCGUCUAGGCAUGAUCGUAAGGAAAGAAGUACAGGAGAUCGUGUUUUAGAAGACUUGAGAGAAAGGUUAUUAGAUAAGAGAAGAGAAAGACGGGAGGAUCCGCGUGAUACUCGCGAUUACAAAAUGGAAUCGUCUCGUCGUGAAAUGCGAUUAGAGGAUCCACGAGAAAUACGCGAGUCACGCGAUCGUCGAGAUAUACGAAUAGAAGACAUUCGGGAACGUCGCGAAAUGCGUAUCAUAGACGAUACUAGAGAACGCCGCGAGAUUCGAAUGGAGGAACAGAGGCACAUACGAGUGAUCGUAGACGAACAGUUUUCGGAAAACGAACUGAUGGAACGACCCGAAAGAAGUGAGAAACGCCACAAGAGAUCUCACAAGCAUGAUAGAAUUCGCGAAAGAGAUCAAGAGAAAAUGGAACGCGAAAAGGAACACAGAGAAAAGCAGCUGCGGGAAACGAUGGAUAUCGUAGCCGAUGAAAUUAACGAAAUGGAAGUGCAAAAUGAUAUUCCAAUACAAAUUAAAGAUCCAAAAGAGAUGACUGAACAAGAACUCAGAAAGGAAAGAUUGUUGGAAGCUGAUAGAGAAAUGGCCAGAAGAAAAGAGGUUUCUAGAUUAGAAUUGGAGGCGAGAAGAAUGAAGAGAGGUGAAAAACGCCCUUUGAGUCCAGACAACAAUCCGGAUCCUUCCAUCGUGGAGUUGUCGGACGAAAGCCCAAGUCCUACUCAUUCUGAGGGCAUGCGCUCGAAAUCAGCUGAAUCUAGACAUUCGUCGGAAGGAGAAAGAAGCUUGCGUGAGAGAUCUUUGGAUCGACAAUCAUCUGAUACCUCGGAAUCGAGCAGCGAUGAUGACGAUGAAUCUAAUGAAUCGAAUAAAGGCACCGGCGGUGAUUCCAAUGAAGGUUCGGAUUAUAACAAUCCAAGUCCUUUGUCUGUUGACCGAUUAGCUAAAUCUGAUCAUUCGGACGGAGAUUCCCCUGGUCACGUCGAUUCCAAUAAUCUUGCAAAAACCGUGGAAGAGGAGGAAAAGAAAGAAGAGGAACCUGAAUUACCACAUUAUUUACCAGCCAUUCAAGGUUGUAGAAGCGUCGAGGAAUUUCAGUGUUUAAAUCGAAUUGAAGAAGGUACAUAUGGAGUCGUAUAUAGAGCGCGCGAUAAACGCACAGAGGAGAUAGUUGCGUUGAAACGAUUGAAAAUGGAAAAAGAGAAAGAAGGUUUUCCAAUUACAAGUCUGAGGGAGAUCAACACUUUAUUGAAGGCGCAACAUCCAAAUAUUGUCACUGUUCGAGAAAUAGUUGUUGGUAGCAAUAUGGAUAAGAUAUUCAUUGUUAUGGAUUACGUGGAACAUGACUUAAAAUCUCUCAUGGAAACUAUGAAGCAAAAAAAGCAAGUUUUUAUACCUGGAGAAGUUAAAUGUCUUAUGCAGCAAUUGUUACGCGCAGUUGCCCAUCUACAUGAUAAUUGGAUAUUACAUCGUGAUUUAAAGACAUCCAAUUUAUUAUUAAGUCACAGAGGCAUUUUGAAAGUAGGUGAUUUUGGUUUAGCUCGAGAAUACGGUUCUCCCUUAAGACAAUACACGCCAAUUGUUGUAACGCUUUGGUAUAGAGCUCCUGAAUUAUUACUGAAUGAUAGAGAAUAUAGUACGCCUAUUGAUAUGUGGUCUGUAGGAUGUAUUUUCGCCGAGCUUCUAAGAAUGGAACCACUGUUUCCCGGAAAAUCGGAUAUAGAUCAAUUGAAUAAAAUAUUUAAAGAGCUGGGUACACCCAGCGAAAGGAUCUGGCCGGGAUAUGUUAAAUUACCUAUAGUUCAAAAGAUACCAUUCUCACAUUAUCCUGUAAAUAAUCUGCGGCAAAGAUUCAGUUUAUCAUUGUCUGAUUUAGGUGUUGAAUUAUUGAACAAGUUUCUAACGUAUGAUCCUCGUCAACGUAUAACCGCCGAGGACGCUCUGAAUCAUGGAUAUUUUACUGAAGCACCUCUGCCAAUCGAUCCGCAAAUGUUCCCUACAUGGCCCGCGAAAUCGGAACAAGGAACUAGAACCAUGAACGCAUCACCGAAACCACCAAGUGGUGGCAGAGAAUAUAAACAAUUGGGCGAUGGAGAUGACGCUGAUUUAAGCAAUUCCGGUUUUCAUAUGGGUUUAAUGGAGGGUGGCAGAGCGCCGCCCGUCGGAGGAGGUUUUCAUUUGAAAUUCUAAUUAUGAUACAAAUUUUUUUCUCAUAUUUUCUGUAAGAAUGGAUUUUUCUCUAUAAAUGAAUCUUUAUAUGAAAUAUAUAUAUAUAAAUAUGUGAUGUUUUUCUAUGUAUCAUGUGUGAAUACUAAUUUUUAAUUAUAUACAUUUUCUUUCUAUUGUAGAA